UUAAUCUCCGAUUUGCAAAAUUUCAUAGCUUUCGAGUUUCCAACACCAAAAUGGCUGCAUCACAGGUUAUACUUGUGGCGAUAAUCGGGCUGGCGCUCACUAGCGUAAUAGAAGGCAAGCCACCGAAGAAAAUAGUAAACGGCUCGGACGCCAAGAUCACCGACUUCCCCAUAAUAGCUUCCAUUCAACGAUUUGGGAUUCAUUGGUGCGGAGGAGUUUUCAUAACACAGCGUCAUCUUCUUACGGCGGCUCACUGUCUGGCGGAUUACGGAACGGGACCUGUAAGAUUGCAUGACAAAUCUGGGAUGUCGGUAGUGUCGGGAACUAGUAACCACAAGUACCCGAAAUAUAUAAGUGGAAUUGAAAGAAUGGAUAUCCAUCCAGGUUUUACAGGAGAGCUGCCGGAUUUUUUGCAUGACAUAGGAAUAGUAACGCUUGCGCACGAUGUAACUAUUGACGAAACACAAAAUAUCAUCGGGCUGCCAUCUUCUGACGUUCAUGCGGGCAUUUACGGAACAUCGUUAGGGUGGGGGUAUACGUCGCAAAAUUCUAGCGUCACUUCAGAUGUUCUCAAGAAGACGCCAAUGAUAACCUUGAACAACCAUGAGUGCAAUCAAAGAACUCCAACGAAUAUUUACGAGGGUCAGUUUUGCGGGUAUUACAGUCAGGACAGUGGAAUUUGUCAAGGUGACAGUGGCGGACCUAUGAUUUACAACAAUGUAGUAAUAGGUGUUAUUUCAAUGGGCUGGGGCUGUGGUAGGGGAUAUCCGGAUGUUUAUACCCGUGUUUACGCCUACUUGCCGUGGAUUAAUGGGAUCAUCGGGAGCUAUCCGUUAAGAAUACAUUGUUACCUCAGUAUUUCCAAAAUGGAUCGCUUUAUCCAUAUCGUUUUUAUCCUUGCGAUCUUUCUACCUCUCGGAAUUGACGGCAAAUCUCCAAGAAAAAUAGUCGGUGGAACUUUCGCCCAGAUCAAUGAUUUUCCGUGGAUAGUUUCCGUCCAAAGCUGGGGUGCGCAUUACUGUGGUGGAGCCUUGGUAUCAAAGAAACACGUCCUGACAGCAGCACACUGUCUUUGCACCCCAGACGAGAGAACCAAGACCAUGAAAAUUUUCGACAAAGAUGCGUUUAGGAUCGCUGCUGGAAGCAGCAGUUCGAAGAAUCUUAAUCAAGUCUACGAAGUAGAGAAGAUAAACGUCCAUCCUGCGUAUACCGGCAAGUCGCCGUUAGUUUUGCACGACCUUGGGAUCAUAACGAUGAAAGAAGAAGCUGCCCUAGAUGAUACAGUGCAGGUUGUAAACCUACCAACUGACUACUGCUACGCCGGGCAACUCGCAACAGUUCUCGGGUGGGGAUACUUGAAAGACAAAGAUGGUGCCACGUUUGAGUGGUUGCAAAAAGCUCCUGUUCUGACACUGAGUAAUGAAGAUUGUAUGCAGAAACUUCCUUAUCCCAUUGCGGAGGAUCAUAUUUGUGGGUGGUACGGUAAAGGUGUUGGAUUUUGUGACGGUGACAGUGGAGGACCUUUAGUGCUCAAUGGAGAGAUAGUUGGAGUCGUCUCCAUGGGCUACGCUUGUGGAUCUGGACUUCCCGAUAUCUACACCCGGGUGUAUUCUUACUUACCUUGGAUCAGAAGAGUAAUUAGCAGAACGUAUAAUUAA